AUGGGUCCUACGAAUCUGGAGCGUGUCGACCUCACACCCUGUUUCGAGAACACCAUAUUAUUCGGUCUACCAUCCCUCAUCGCGAUUAUCGCCUUCACAAUCCGCGGAUACUGCCUGCUCUCCAAGAAAAAACUUUACGCUUCCAAGGAAGGCCGUGCCAAUAACCAAAUCCUCUAUGCCGCAUCUAUGACCUGCCUGACAGUGGCGUGUGCUGCUCUUAUUACCAGACUUGUUCAAUUGAACCAGGGUUCUUCGUCACCUGCUACUAUCUUUGGGGGUGUUACACUGCUUGUUUCUUGGAUCUUGGCGCUGGGGUUGAACUAUUUGGAGCUCGGGUACAAGUUCCGGUCAUCUACAUAUCUGUUCGCAUUCUAUGCUGUCAACAUCAUCGCGUCGCUUAUUUAUAUCCGGACUCUACACGAUACGGGACUUUCAGGAGGGGGACAGUUUGUGUCGUUCUGUGUCUUUUUUGGAGCUUCUGUCGUUGCAUUCAUAGUCGAGACUUGGCCUAGGAGACAGUACCCACAGCAGGACAACAAGGAUGGCAAGAACGAGAGGCUGACUCCAUACGAGAAAGCGAACCUAUGCUCCCGGCUGUGCUUCUAUUACAUGCAGGACAUGUUCUCGACAGGGUUCCGACGUCCUCUCUUGGAUGAGGAUAUUGCAGACCAGAUGCCACAACACCUCAAGACCCAACACAGUUUCACACAUCUGUCACACAAGUGGGAAGAGCACAGGCAGAAGCGACGGGCAAAGGGCAAGACACCCAACCUGAUGCUCCUUUCCCUACGUGCGGUCGGUUCAAGACUGGUCCCCGUAACCCUCAUCUCUUUAGCACAGUCGGUGCUCGAGUAUUCGCAGGUGCUGCUGUUGGCUGUCUUGUUGGAUUAUAUUACAACAUCGACAUCAGCAGAAGAAGAGGCACGGCCUCCGAUCAAGUACGGGAUUAUUCUUGCGGUGGCGUUGUUCUUGUCGACGGUCCUGGCAACACUGGCGAGUGGGCAGUUCUUUCAACAGAGUUACGUGUUGGGGAUUGAGCUUCGCACGUCGUUGAUUGGGUUGAUUUAUCAAAAGUCGUUAGUUCUCUCUCCAGGUGCUCGACAGCGCUCCACCGUUGGCGAGAUCAGCAACCAUAUGUCGGUCGACACUGAGAGGAUUGGCUUUGGUAUAACCGCAUUCCCUAUGAUUGUCUCCUCGACAUUCGAGAUUGUUCUUGCGAUAUACUUGCUCUACAACCGACUGGGAGCCAGUUCGUUGACAAGUGUCGGCGUGAUCAUUAUGAUCCUCCCUAUGCAGGGGCUCAUGGCCAAGGUGGUCAACAAGGCCAAGGACAGGAAACUGGGGGCAAUGGACAGCCGUAUCCAGAUCUUGACGGAGGUUCUUUCGUCUAUCAAGACUGUCAAGAUGUAUUCUUGGGAAAACGCGUUUCGGGAGAGAGUUGCCCGCUUCCGCGCAACAGAGAUCAAAUACCUCCGCAAUAUCGGUGUCGCAUCCGCAUUCAUGUGUAUCAUGUUCAGUUCCCUUCCCCUCGUCAUGUCCCUCCUCACCUUUGUGAUUUAUUCGUAUUUUGGUGGACCUGGAGGAACAAGGGGGACCAUCUCGGCAGAGAUGAUUUUUGUCACGGUGACGCUGUUUGCGAGACUUUCUCAGCCGUUGGGGAGGAUCUCGGGGAUGACUAGUUCGGUGAUUGCGUUGAGGGUUGCAUUUAAGAGAAUUCAGGGGUUGUUGGUGGAGGAAGAGUUGGAUUUGGAGCAGAUUGAGUACCGGGAUAAGGAUGGCUCUGGUGGUAGUGAUGAGAAGGUUGCGUUGGAGAUUCGGGAUGGAGUAUUUGCGUGGACGAGUGUGCGGGAUGAGCAGUUGAAGAAGGAGAAGAGUGAGAAGGAAGCGGAGAAGAAGAAGAAGACAAAGGACACCACUACUAUGGAGUCGUCUUCAUCCUCGAAAAAGUCAUCGCCCACCUCAACACUUCAAGAGGCCCCAACAAUCGACAGCAUCAUAACUAUCUCUUCCUCGGACGCAGCACCACCACUUCCACAAGACACCAUCACUGAGCCCCUCCCAAUAUUGACCAACAUCAACCUUACAGUCCCUCAAGGAUCCCUCACGGCAGUCGUCGGUCGAGUCGGCCAAGGAAAGUCCUCCCUCAUGAGCGCCCUCAUCGGCGAGAUGUACAAAUGCCACGGUCAAGUCAUCGUCUCGGGCAGCGUCGCUUACGUCUCCCAAGUAGCCUGGAUCCUCAACGGCUCCCUCCGGGACAACAUUCUCUUCGGCUCCACCUUCAACCAAUCGAAAUACGAUCGCAUUAUCGAAUCAGCAGGCUUGCUGCCCGAUAUCCGGAUCCUCCCAGCAGGCGACGCGACCGAGAUCGGAGAGCGCGGGAUUAACCUGUCUGGUGGACAGAAACAGAGAGUUGCGCUUGCGCGUGCGGCGUAUCAAGAUGCGGACGUGUACCUCUUGGAUGAUCCGUUGAGCGCUGUUGAUGCUCAUGUGGACCAGCAUCUGUGGGAUCGGCUUGUUGGACCUGGGGGGUUGUUGAAGGACAAAACACGGGUGUUGAUUACCCAUGGAAUUCACCAUUUGAAUGAGACGGAUCAGAUUCUGGUGAUGAAGGCUGGAGAGGUUGCCGAGACGGGCACUUAUGAGGAUUUGAUGGCAGCUGGGAAGGACUUUUACCAGUUGAUUACAGAUUACGCGGUGCAGGAGAAGAAGCAAGAGAUAGAGGAGACAGAGAAGGUGUUGAUGGUUGGCGAGAUUGGCGCGGUGGUUGCUGGAUCGAAGGGUGAGGAAGGGUUGAAGGCAGGAGUAGAUGCAGCUGUACCUGAGGCUGCUGUCAAGGCUACAGCAGCGGCGACGACGAACAACAUGGGUGAGGAUGAUGCGCAACUGGUAUUGGCGGAAGAGGAUGCACAAAGCAAAGUCGGCUGGCCGCUCCUCAAAGCCUACUUCAAAUCUGCAUCGUACCUGUACUCGUUCCUCAGCUUCUUCAUCUACAUCCUCUCUCAGAGCAGUCAAAUCGGUGUCAACAUUUGGCUACAGCACUGGUCUUCUCGUUCCGAGGCCAGUCAACGCGACGGCGUCCCUCUCUUCCUUGGUGUAUAUGCGAUCCUGGUCCUGAGCUAUAUGGCCUCGGACAUUAGUGUCAACCUCAUCAUUUUUGUGGCUGCAGGUAUCCGAUCUUCGAGGUUACUUCAUGACCGCCUUGCGGAUAAGGUUCUCCGUCUCCCCAUGUCCUUCUUUGACACCACUCCGUUCUCGACUGACAUGGACAACUUGGACUCGGAGCUCCCCAACAACGUCACCGACGUCUACUACUUCCUCUCCAUCGUCCUCGGAACCAUCAUCGUCAUCUCCUUCAACCUUCCCGUCUUCAUCGCCCUCAUCCCCUUCCUCCUCUUCUUCUACUUCUGGAUCCAAAUCUACUACAUGCGGACCUCCCGCGCCCUCAAGCGCAUCCACAUGAUCUCCAAAUCUCCACUCUUUCAACAUUUCUCAGAGACCCUCGCCGGCGUAUCAACCAUCCGGGCUAUGCGCUGCCACGCCCGGUUCUCGGACGAUAAUGCAAGGAAAUCGGAUAGGUCUGCGAAUGCGUAUUGGGCGUAUAUUACGGCGAACCGCUGGUUGAGUGUGAGGUUGGAGUUUUUAGGAGGAGUAGUGGUGUUGGCGACGGCGUUGUUGUGUGUUUGGAAGAUGGAUGAGUUGGGGACGGGCGGUGCUGGGUUGGCCUUGAGUUAUUCGCUGACGGUGACGUUUCAUAUUACGUACUUGGUGACUUCGUUGAGUAACCUUCAGAACCAGCUUGUGAGCGUCGAUCGGAUUUUGGAGUACUGCGAGAAAAAGCCUGAGGCGCCGUUGACGAUUGAGGAGAUGGAGGUGGAGAAGCUUCCUGUGGCCCGGGAUUUCCGGUCUGCUUUGGAUGAGAGUGCUGGUGAGGGUGGGCAGUGGAAGGAAGGGUCGAUCGAGUUCAAGAAUUAUUCGACAAGGUACCGAGAAGGGAUGGAGUUGGUGAUCAAGAACUUGUCGGUACGUAUGGAAGGAGGAGAAAAGGUCGGCAUUGUCGGCCGCACUGGUGCCGGAAAGUCUUCUUUGACUCUGGCUCUGUUCCGACUUGCCGAGGCUGCCAAUAGUCACUUUGCCAAGGCUAGCUACAACACCCCCGACUGCGAUGUCGCUGCUGCUACACUCCUCACCAAGGCCUCUCCUCCUGGCAAUACCGAAAAACUUGCUUUGCAGGAUCUGGCAUCAGUCGAGGUAGAAGAAUCCGGCGGCUCGAUCGAGAUCGACGGGAUCGACAUCUCAACCAUUGGCCUCCACGAUCUCCGCCACCGCAUCGCAAUCAUCCCCCAAGACCCUACCCUCUUCGCCGGCACCCUCCGCGAGAACCUCGACCCCUUCUCCGAACAAAACGACGCCGACCUUUGGACAGCCCUCGAACGCGCUCACCUCAAACCCCACAUCUCCUCCCUCUCCGGUGGACUCUCCCACGAAGUCUCGCAAGGCGGAGAGAACUUUUCCGUCGGCCAACGAUCCCUCAUCUGUCUCGCCCGGGCCCUCCUCCGCAAGACCAAGAUUCUGAUCCUGGAUGAAGCCACGGCGGCUGUGGAUAUGGAGACGGACGAGUUGAUCCAGAAGACGAUCCGGAAAGAGUUUAAGGAUAGGACAAUUUUGACGAUUGCACACCGGAUCAAGACAGUGAUGGAUUCGGAUAAGAUCCUGGUGUUGGAUCAGGGCAGGAUGAAGGAGUUUGCAGCGCCAGGGGAGUUGUUGGAGAGGAGGGAGUCAUUGUUUUAUCAGCUUGCCGAGCAGGCUGGUGAAAUUGGCGAUCACCUUGAGGGGGAGAAGAAGUGA